AUGCCCCGAAUACCGCGUGUAAGGGGGCUUCAGUCCUUCCAAAUUGCUUCGGCUUCUUCAAAAACCCUCCCUCGGUUGCCGUUCUCUGCGACCCGCACCCUCUCGACAACGGCACCAGUUUGCGACCUCCGAAGCAAGCUCUGGAAGGGACCGGCUCCUGGACCAGAGGAUCCAUAUACCCAACGGCCCGAGCCUGAAGAGCCCUUAUCGAAUCUCCCGGAAGAGGCAAUUUCGAUCCCUCGACAUCCCAGAUCAGUCGCCAAAUGGCGCCUGCCUCUUCCCCCCAAGCGCACUGAAGCCACCACUGAGAAGGAAUUGGCUGCCAACGACCCUACAUAUACCCCAGCUUUGACAAUCGAAGAACUGGAGGAGAUCCCACCCUUUAACAAAUGGUGGGAUCAACCAGAACACUGGGGUAAGGAGAGCGAGUUUCGAAGUUUUGGAAAGGCUGAGAAGGAAGUUGAAAGGACCAUCAUUGAAGUACAAGUGAGACGGGCCGUGGUUGAGGUGCUGUCUCUCCAGCAGGAAAACAAGCUUGCCGAGCAGCUCGUGAAGAGGUGGCCAGAGGGUUCCAGGGAAGCCCUUGAGCAGACGUUAGCUGUAGAGAUUGUCGGUGAGGAUGGUCAAUUCUCGCUACAGGGAGAUGUUUCCUCUGUCGUGAGCCACCUGACUCAAGACGCCGCCGGCUCCAGCGAAGAGGGCUCUCCCAGUAUCACACUUGAGGAGGCUGCUGAAAUCACAAAGAAGUGGGACGCCAAGUGGAAGGAGAUCAAGGUGAACGAUGAAAUCAAGUUUGCUAUCCGCAAGCGCAUUUACCAGCUUACUGGAAAUUUGAUCCCCGACUCCAAACUUGGCGCUGCCAGAAAUGUGAGGGACGUUCUUACCACGUUGUUCCAGCAACGCAAGCCUUCUAGCCUGGCUGAUGAGCUCUUGGCCAAGCCCGAGGUAACUAAGCUCCCCAAUGUCCGGGUUCACAGCCGCAAGGUCGGCCCCAUCGACAAAGAGAUUGAGAUUGGCCGAUGGAAGAUCAUUGAGGAGGAACUCAAGAAGCGUGACUUGCCCGUCACUGGUACGGACAACCUUUCCGGAAACAAGGAGAGAGAAUGGAUGAGGGGGAAGAUGUAA